AUGCGGACAGUUGGAAAACCUGUCAUAUAUCCUUUCCUACGACCUUCUUAUCGCCUCCAUUUUAGAUCGCGUUUGCACAAGAGUCUCUUAACGAUGGAAGAGAAAUUAAGGCUGUGCCUGCUGCGACGAUGUGCCACGCUCCACGAUACCUCAUUCCGUUCCCUUCAUCUCGAAGUCAAAUCGUCGCCUUUGAUGGCACUAGAAGCCAACGGUUUCGCAACUGCUAUUUCGUGCCUGACGCUGUUGUGGAGGUCACCAGUGAAAGGUCCGGCACAAAGGUUAGAGUCGUCCUGGUCAUACUUUUCAAAAUUUGCUUCCUCAUUCUAUUCCUUCGUUUUCCGAUCAAUGCCGAGGCAUUAG